UGAUAAUAUGGGUGGUGAUUAAUCAACCUGCCAUUCGCCCGGAGCUAGCCCGGAAUUUUACUCCUACGUGCACUACUAAAAUUGUCGAUUUCGCAGCUAAGAUUUUUUCAGUCGUUCGUUCACUUCACUCUACUUCACGACGUGAGCGCUACAUCCAAAAUGGCUGACUCAAACCCGGAAGAAGUGCAGGAUGUCAAGCUUAGAAUAAGACUUCCUGCCAGUAUUGGUGCCCAAAUCGAUUUUGUUGAAACGACGCAUACCUUGCAAGAAACCAUUUCUGAUGUAAAGGAAGCAUUGGCAGCCUCUCCACAGUUGAACAGUGUCACAAAUUAUUCGCUUGUUCUCGACAAUGUUAGAAUAACUGAAGAUUUUGAUGACUUUGAUCAAUUGUCCGAGGUUUUGGGUGGCAAGACCGGUGAGGUCAAUCUCAAUUUGGUUGAAAAGCCCUACAACUUGAAAGACGUCUACGACCAUCUCAUUAAGUUCAGAGAAAAUAUUGGUAUGAACUUUUAUGACCAUGCGUCUCGUACCUUUAGUGUCGCCUCUGGAUUUUCCAAGUUUAACUCCAUUGGUUUGAAGGAUAUUCAAGUUGGGUCUGAGCAAAAGGCUAAUUCCUCUGCUGGUGAGGACUCUGAUGACACCAAAACACCAGAGAAUGCGCUUUCAAUCGAUGAGGAAGAUUUGCAGUCUAUAAAGACCAUUGUCGAUAGUGUUAUUGAGGAAAACCUGCAAUCUCUUUCCAGCCAUGUGGCCGGCGACUCCGUCUUGAGCAAGUGGAAUAUUCCCAUCAAGUCUCUCACUUUAAGUCAGUGGAACCCAGUCCCACAGCAGCAAAAGUUGAAGGGGGACUUGUUGUACUUGACAUUGACAACGUUGGAAAGUGAGACCUUUUCAAUCACUUGUCAUGCGUCCGGAUUUUUUGUGAGCAAGUUGUCCAACGCAAAUUUCGAUCCUUCCUUGAAGGUGAAUGAGAAGGGGUCUUUCCACAAGGACUACCUCUUGUACAACUUGAUCGACAAGUUGUCUGCUAAAUUCACACCUACGCUCUCUCAGAACAAGGAAGCAUUGGGCUUGGCCUCGCAGUUUUCAGAAACCUACUUGAUCCCCUCGCAGAUCCCAUCCAAGUUCUCUUGGGCUGUCAACGAACUGCAGAUUAAACUGCAAAGCAUUCCUGACUAUUCCAGAUCUCAGGUCGCUAUCUUCUCCAAUGGUGUUGAUGGUGCAGAAUUUGUGAAGGACUGGAAUGAUGAGUUCCAGGGGAUUAAGGAGUUCCCACGUGAAACGUUUAAUGAGCGUCUUCUCAGAGACAAGUUGCUCAACAAAUAUAUCCAGGAUUUCAACCAAGCUGCAGUCUCCACAGCGAUUGAAAUUGUCAACGGCAACUUGGUCCCACUUAACCCAAACGAAAGCCGGGACAAGCACAUCUUUUUGAGAAAUAACAUUUUCUAUAGUUUUGGUGUGGAUGCCACGGGUGCUCAUGAAAAGAGCGGUGGAGAUGAGGCUGCCCGUUAUUGUUUCGGAAAAGACAUUUCUUCGGUCAAGCUUUUGAACAGAAUUGAUUCAACUGGUGUCUGUAACUUGCUUUCCUGUGUUGUGGACUACCUUGGCGAGCGUGUUGUGUGUCAAGCUCCAGUUCCUGGUGUCUUUAAUGAUCAAGUUGAUGAGGAGGGACAGUCUCUUGACAAAGUCGCCUGUGGAUACUCCAUCGAUGAAAACAAGAUCAAUGUCAACCCCAAGUUCGAAGAAGUCUUGAAGCCAGUGGCCGAAGCUUUUCACUUGAAAAAACAUAAAGUUGAAUUAGCUACUGGUGCAAGUACCGGUGAUCAAGAGUUGGUCGUGUCCAAGGACACUAAAGGUCUCAUCGGCACUGACGGCAGAAAAUACUUGAUCGAUUUGUACAGAACCACCCCGAUCGAUAUAGAUUUCAUUGACUCUCACUAUGAUGAGUCUUCUGAGAAUUCAUAUCCCCACAAGGAAGCUUCUUUGAGGCAUGAGGCAGUUGAGGAAUGGUACAAGAGAAAGGCCGCUGUUAUUUUCAAACUUGAGACUGAGCGCUUGGAGAAAGAGGGCAAGCUUGAAGGUGAUUCCAAGCCUCAGAUUGCUAUUUCCUACGAUCAAAUCACGUUCAACCCGGAUGCCUUUACUGGAGUCAAUGAGUCGGAUGAAGACAAACAAACGGUGAGAGAGUUAUCUGAAUUCGUCAAAAAACACCUCAUUCCAGAAUUCCUCAAGGAUGUCUCUGAAAAUGCUGUACCAUAUGAUGGUGUUCAGUUGUCUGACUACUUGCACAGAAGCGGUAUUAACAUGAGAUACCUAGGUGAGGUUGCACAGCAAGCCUUGAAGAAAGCUGAGGACUUUCAAACCAGUCUUGAGGAAACCAUCAAGGUAAACGAGGCUGUCUUGGAAAGCGCGCGUGAAGAAGAAGCUAAAACAGCUGAUGAGUCUGCUGAAACCAAUGCCAAAGAGGCAGAGAAUGAUUCUAAGGACUCAAGUGUCUCAGAAGAUAAGAAAGAGAGAGACACGACAGCCGCCAAAAUGGUUCCCGUCGCCGCUAAUAUGAGAGCAUUAUACAAUGUUUGCGUGCAAGAGAUGAUCGCUAGGGCAUCAAAACACUUCUUGCGUAGAGUGGGUAGUACUAUACCUGCUCUCUUGAUGCCAUAUUUUGUCUCGCACUUUCAUAACUGUUUGUUGGGUGGUGAGAUCACGACUUCUCCCGCUGUGAACAUUGAUGAACUGUUCAAAUCUUUCUUUUCUCAAGAGGAAUUAGCGUUUGUCAGUUUAGAUAACGCAAAAAUUUCAAAGUCAAUUGCAAAAGAAGUAUUUGUGCGGUUUAGAUACUCUCUCGAUGAUGAGUGGCUCAAGUGUGUCAAACCAUUGCAACUCCUCAGAGAGAUUGCUUUGAAGUUCGGAAUUCAGUGGAAAGCACAGCAAUACGCCUUUACAAAGGAAGCUUUGGAUGCUAACAAACCAGUUGUAUCUGAAAAAGAGACAUUGGUGACACCAAAGGACGUUGUUUCUUUCGUCCCUCUUGUGAAGGAUUCUUCUUACAGAUGUUCAUUUGUUGACGAAGUCUUCGAGACCGCAAGAAUGCAGAUCCAGGAAGGUGAAAAGCAAAUCGGCUUGGAUCUCUUAGCCGAGUUGGUCGCGUUCUAUCAACAAAUAUACGGAAAUGUUCACCAAGAAACAACGGGUUUCUACUCGACUUUGGCUCAGAUUUACUCAGAGUGUGGCUUACAUUCCGAGGCCUCGAUUAUCGCAAGAAAAUCCACAAUCUUGCACGAGAGAUUGACCGGAUUGGACAGUUAUGAGACUAUCAACUCUUAUGUCAAAGCUUCAUUCUUUGAUUCAUUGAACAAAGACCACGUAAGUGCUUUCAUGAUGAACUUGAAAGCGUAUCAAGAUUGGAGUGUUGUCUAUGGUCCUGAGCAUCCCAAUACCGUUAACACUUUCUCUAGUUUUGCAACGAUCUUGCAACAAAUGAAGCUUACCUCCGAAGCCAAAAAGUUCUUCAAUAUGGCUUUGGAUCUUUCCAUUAAAUUGAAUGGUGAGCUUUCUGAUAUUACUGCAAUUCUCAGACACCGUUUGGCUGUCAUGCUUGUGCAGACGAACGAGUACAAACCUGCUUUGGAACACUUUGAAAAGGCAGCAUACGCCUUUAACAGGAUUGUUGGUCCAGAUGAUGUCCUCUCUAAGGAGUGCUCUAGCUUCGCAACGAACCUCGCCAAAUACUUGGUCUUUUCGGAGCAACAAUUGGCGGAGAAAAAGAAGAUCUUGGCCCAACAAGUGAACAAGAAGUCGAAGGGUUCUGUCAGAGCUACUAAGCCCCAGCCAGUGAAAUCCAAGAAGGAAAAAAAGAGUGACCUGAGCACCCCAGACCCGGAAAUUGCCAGCAAGUCCGUGGAUGAGAUUUUGCAAUUCAUUGAAGGGAAGCUGAAGGGCAAAAAGUCCAAGAAGAAGAAUUAG